CGGAAGUUGUGUGACGCACGCAGACGUUAAUACCCCGGUGGCCCGGAUGUCAGGCCUUUUUAGAGUGAAAGAUGGCAGGGGAAACAAAGGAACAGGUAGCGGCGGAGAAGAAAGAACCAAUGGCAGAAGAAAAAAAGGAAGCAAAGAAAGGACAGCACCAUUGCAGCCGCAACCCAGUGCUGGCCCGGGGCAUUGGCAGAUAUUCCCGCUCUGCCAUGUUUGCCAGAAGAGCCAUGUACAAGCGCAAAUAUUAUGCUCCUGAAACCAAGAUUGAGAAGAAGCUGAAGGAAAAGAAGCCCUUUAGCGUCACCAAGCCUGUUGGUGGAGACAAGAAUGGCGGUAGCCGCGUUGUCAAAAUCCGCAAGAUGCCACGUUAUUACCCCACUGAAGAUGUUCCCCGUAAAAGGCUCAGCCAUGGUAACAAACCUUUCAGCCAGCAUAAAAGACGCCUGCGGAAAACCAUCACCCCAGGAACAAUCCUUAUCUUGCUGACCGGUCGUCACAGGUGCAAGCGUGUGGUUUUCCUGAAGCAGCUCGAUAGCGGUCUGUUGCUGGUCUCAGGCCCCCUGGUUCUAAACCGUGUCCCACUGCGAAGGGUUCACCAGAAAUUUGUCAUUGCGACAACUACAAAGAUUGAUGUGUCCACCGUGAAACUUCCCAAGCACCUGACUGACUCCUACUUCAAGAGGAAGAGGCUGCGCCGGCCCAAACACCAAGAAGGCGAGAUCUUUGACACUGAGAAAGAGAAGUAUCAGUUAACAGAACAGCGCAAGAAAGACCAGAAGAUUGUGGACUGCCAGCUCAUGUCUGUUAUUAAAAAGGUCCAGCAGCUACGUGGUUACCUCCAUUCCACGUUCUAUUUGUCUAAGGGGGUUUAUCCACACAAAUUGGUCUUCUAAGCAAGUCAUAAAAGCUGGCAUUUAUUAAAACUGGUAUUCAGUAA